AUGUCCAUUUUAGAACGUGAAGAGCCUCAUUACUUUGGUGCUGGUCCAGCUUUGCUACCAUCCGAUGUCCUUAAGCAAGCUGCUUUGGACUUGAUUUCUUACGAUGGCCAGAACUUGGGCAUCGGUGAGAUCUCUCAUCGUUCGAAGCCGGCUAUCAAGGUCAUUGAUGACACUAAAGCUAAUAUCAAGAAGUUAAUUGAUGUUCCAGAUACUCAUGAGAUCUUUUUCAUGCAAGGUGGUGGUACCACUGGUUUCUCGUCCAUCGUCUACAACAUGAUGGCUAACUAUGCGAAGAAGCACAACUCGAAGAAAGGUAGAGCUGCUUAUGCGGUAACUGGUGGUUGGUCUAAGAAGGCUGCUGAAGAGGCCCUGCGUUUGGGCUUUGACGUCGACGUUGUCUUCAAUGGCAAGGAGAAGAAGUUUGGUGACAUUGCUCCUUACUCUGAAUGGAAAGCCAUCGACAAAGACUCCACAGCCUACUUGUACCUCUGUGACAAUGAAACCGUUCACGGUAAUGAGUUUCAAUCGAUCCCAGAUUCAUCGUACUUGCCUGAGGGUGUCGAAUUGGUUGCUGACAUGUCAUCCAACAUCUUGUCUAAGAACAUUGAUGUGAGCAAAUAUGGUGUCAUUAUGGCCGGCGCUCAGAAGAAUCUUGGUUUGGCUGGCUUAACUAUCUACAUUGUCAAGAAGUCGUUGCUUGAACAAGCUUCUGACGAAGAAUUGAACGCUGCUGGUAUCCCAUUGUGCCCUAUUGCUUUCCACUACCCAACCGUGGUUGCAAACAACUCUGCCUACAACACCAUUCCAAUUUUCACUUGUCAAAUCUUGAAGUUGGUGACCGAUAAACUCAUAAAAGAAGGCGGUAUUGAGAUUAUUGAGAAAACCAAUGCUCACAAGGCAGACAUCUUGUAUGGUGCUUUGGACAAGCACACUAGUUUGUUCAACUUGCCUGUUACCAACAAGGAUGUGCGUUCUCGUAUGAACGUUGUCUUCACUUUGCCAAGCGAUGAAUUGACGAGUGAGUUCCUCAAGGGUGCUGAAGAGAAGAAGUUGACUGGCUUGAAGGGUCACAGAUCUGUUGGUGGUAUUAGAGCAUCGAUCUACAACGCCGUCUCUACUCACAGUGUUGAACUUUUGGUUGACUACAUCAACGAAUUUGCUGCUUCCCACAAUGCUUGA